AUGUUGUCCAAGUAUCAUUAUUAUGAAAUCUAUCUAUCUAUCUAUCUAUCUAUCUAUCUAUCUAUCUAUCUAUCUAUCUAUCUAUCUAAGACUAUGACAUAUCUAGAUCAAUCAGUCUAUUCAUAUCAGAGUCUAUUCAUAUCUAUCUAUCUAUCUAUCUAUCUAUCUAUCUAUCUAUCUAUCUAUCUAUCUAAGACUAUGACAUAUCUAGAUUAUCUAUUCAUAUCUAUCUAUCUAUCUAUCUAUCUAUCUAUCUAUCUAAGAUUAUUCAUAUCUAGCUCAUCUGAAUUAGUUAAUAUCUAUCUAUCUAUCUAUCUAUCUAUCUAUCUAUCUAUCUAUCUAUCUAUCUAUCUGAUCUAUUCAUAUCUAUCUAUCUAUCUAUCUAUCUAUCUAUCUAUCUAUCUAUCUAUCUAUCUUCGUCGAGUUAAAACCUUACCAGCGCACGUUCUUUUUUUUACAAAUAUAUACGUUUACCCAAGACACAUUACUGCCCCUACGACCCUAAUGGGCAAUUUAAAUAGGACGAAACUUUUAUAG